CGGUGCGUCUCCUACGCCGCCAGCCCCGCUUCCCCAGUGCUGACCUUAGCUACUUGAACGAUGCAGGAAAGGGCUCGUUCGGAGAGGUUUACAAAGGGUAGGUCAUCAUCGCGCUCCUAUGUUCAUCGUCGCUCGAAUGCGCGUUUCGCCAGAUACGACAAGCGGACGCAGAAGACGGUCGCUAUCAAGAUCAUCGACCUAGAAAGUGCAGAGGACGAGAUUGAGGAUAUCCAGCAGGAGAUCCAGAUUCUCUCCCAGUUGGACUCGCCACAUGUUACCAAGUGCGUUUUAGCUCUCCAUUCUCGCCCGUCCUCACCGCAGACCAGAUAUCAUGGCUCCUACCUGAAGGGAUCCAAUCUAUGGAUCGUCAUGGAGUUUGUCCGAGAGUUCGAUGCGCCUCC